AUGGCCCUAAUCUAUGCAAAUGCCGUCAACAAACGCAUGAACCAGGCUCCAUGCCGUAAAAUCAGUGCCGAUUCCUCAAUGAGAGGCUCUUAUUCAAAAAGCCGAGAAACAACACCGAGAAAGAAGAGCUGUGCUGCUGCUCUAUAUUCUCAAACCGGGACGGCUACUGAAGGUGCUGCUCCUCCAGUUCCCACUCAAAGUGUUCAAUCGCAAGAGCCACACCCAAAUAUGCGCCGUUCACUAAAGGCCUCCAGCUCGCGUCUCAGCUCGGCGGAAAUUGUCUCUAAAACUGAGGAAGAACUUCGUAGAAAGCACUCAUCUCCUUUGAUGUCUCAAUCCAUGAUAUCUUCCGGCUCGUGUACUUGCCGGAAAGGGGAUGAGAAACGAGCUUCCAAGAAGAGCCUGAAGAAAACCAGUAUGCAUUCUUCAAUGAUUGCUCGUCUCGAUAGCGAUAGUGAAGAUGACUUGAAAGAGCGGAAAAUCACGGUUCGCCGAGCUCAAACAGCCCGUGAAACUCGUACGCACCGGUCCGACAGCGAGGGCUCGGUUGAGAAAUUUGCUAAGAGAAAAUCCAGCGUACUCGAGCGUAUGCGCCGCAAGCUAAGCAGCCUGAAAUUU